AUGAAAAUUAAGCGCGUUAUCAGUGACAAACUGGCGAGCAAGCGCCGACGAACGACUGUGCAGACUACCAUAUCCCACGCGUCCGCUAUGGGCACCGUUUGCACUAAACCCAAUUCCCAAUCUGCCUCUGCUGCUGCCGCGCCGGUGGCUCAAGAUGCACCAGCACGUUGGACCCCUGAGAAGACGGAUGAUGUGCUUGAGCAAAAGUCACGGAAACGACUCUCGCUCGCACAUGUACCUCGACCCAACACAGAUGAACACAGCAAUGACAGCGAACCGGAAGCUGAACGAGGAGCCGUACUCAAACUGUCCAAUAAAGACAAACGCCAACUCCGACUCAGCGUCUGCGGUUCCACAGCACCUCGCGCCCAAGGGAACUUUGAACAGAAACUGGAACUCCUUCAGGGCAACCUCGACGAGGACCUGGAGUCCUUCGGUAACACCUCCCUCUCCCUCCCCCUCCUCCGUUCGAACACGUGUGCGAACAUGUGUGCGAACUGCCACAUUAUUACUUCCGUUGCAGGCAUUGGUCAUGUAUGUCGCAAGGGAUUGAAACCAGAGUCUCCGAAUCAGGACGACUUCUUCGUGUACAUUCUGGGAGGUGUGAGAAUGUUCGGUGUGUUCGAUGGGCACGGUCCGUUUGGCGACGACAUUAGUCAUUUUGUACAGCAGCGAUUGGGCGUGCACGUAUGGCAUCAUGCCGGGUUUGGAUCUGAUUAUGAGAAUGCGAUGCGUGAAAGUUUUGCAGUGAUGCAAACAGAGAUAGUGGAAGCCUCAGACCGUGGGACAUUUGACGCGAAUUUGUCGGGUUGUACUGGUACAUUGGUGAUUCAUGACCGUGACAAGGAGCUGUUGGUGACGGCACAUGUAGGCGAUUCCCGAGCGGUAUUGGGCCAAGUAGAUCCUCAGACCGGUAGACGUCGCGCACUUGAUCUGACUGAGGACCACAAACCGACGCUUGAGGCCGAGUUUAGAAGAAUUACUGCCGCUGGUGGACAGGUGAAGAAACUCGUCGGAGAUAUCCCACAUCGCGUCUUCCUUAAAGGCCGCCAGGUCCCCGGCUUGGCAAUGUCCAGGGCCUUCGGCGACCUUGUGGCUGUCCAGGCCGGCGUCAUUGCUGAACCUCAGAUCAACACUUACAAGAUUCCACACCCCGGCUCGAGUUCCGGCUCCGCCCUAGGCUCAGCAUCUGGCUCAAGCUCCGGGGCGGGGGAGCAAGCCGCCGCGAACAAACCUGAAGCCGAGCAGCCCCCGCCCGGCGCAGAUGGAGGUCGCCUCCAACAAGGAGAUGGCCCCGGACAGGGAGGCGGCGGCGGGCAGGAAGGUGCACAGAAAAAAGACGACGGAGAGAAACAAAGUGGAGAGAAACAAAGUGGAGAGAAACAAGAAGACGAAGAGAAACAAAGUGGAGAGAAACAAAGUGGAGAGAAACAAAGUGGAGAGAAACAAAGUGGAGAGACAGAGGGACACACGGAGCCGCUGAAGAACCUGGAGGAGUGCGGACCGUUGUUGAUUGUGUGUAGUGACGGCGUGUGGGAGUUUAUUUCGACGGCGGAGGCGGUGGCGAUGGUAUCUGACUUGGGCCCGAAGCAGGUGCAGCAUAGCGCGGAGGUAUUGGCGCGUGAAGCCUGGAAUCGGUGGAUCGACACUGAGGGCGACGUCGUGGAUGAUAUCACGGUCGAGAUCGCCUACCUGAACUUCCCUGAUGCACACGCGAGUGUCACAAGUAACCAAGCUGUCCGUGCAAGCAAUGAUACUGCCCAUCGUAGCAGCACCUUUUCCGAACAAAUAGUUAGCUAG